CGCGAUGUCACUCCGCUCACUACUGCUCCUGACCGCAGUCAGCAUAGUUUCUGCCCAGCUCCAGCUCACCAUUCUACACAACAACGACGUCCAUUCGUAUUUCGACCCCGUGGAUGCCAACACGGCCGCCUGUCGUUACCCCGACGACCCCGAAAACCCCUGCUACGGCGGCAUUGGACGGCUCGUCAGCGCCGUCAAGGCGAUAAAGGAACAGACGCCGAAUACCUUGGUGCUGUACGGUGGUGAUAUUUUCCAGGGUUACCUGUACUACACACUUUUCAAAUGGAGAGUGGUGGUGGACAUGAUGAAUUUAGUGCCCUACGAUGCCAUGGCGCUGGGAAACCACGAAUUCGAUGACGGUCUGGACGGCCUUUUACCGUAUCUGGAUGGAGUGAACCACCAGCAGCUCUGCACAAACAUCGAUUUCGGUCCACUGGCCUCGCCCACCACCGACAAGUGUCUCUCCAGUGUCGUGCGGGAGAUCGGAGGCCACAAAAUCGGCAUCGUGGGCUUCACGACGCCCGAGACGAAGGUCAUUUCCAAGCCACCUCCCGCCAUCGAGUUCCUGGACGAGGUCAGUGCGCUGCGUUCGGAGACAGCCAGGCUGAAGGCGCAGGGCGUCAACAUCAUCAUCGCCGUGGGUCACUCCGGCUACCACAGGGAGUUGGAGAUGGCGCAGCAGCUCGAGGACGUGGAUGUCAUCGUCGGAGGGCACUCCCACUCGCUGCUCUACACAGGAGCGGCGCCGGACGAUGACCCUGUGACCGGACCGUAUCCCACUGUGGUCCACCAGACCUCGGGUCGGGCUGUGCUCGUCGUGCAGGCCUAUCAGCACGGCAAGUACCUGGGGGUGCUGAACGUCACCUUCGAUAGUGCCGGAGAGGUGGCUGACUGGAGCGGCAACCCCAUACGGCUGGAGGGGGAGCAGGAUCAGGAAGCCGAAGAGAUACUGCAGCAGUAUAAGGAUCAGAUUUCUGAAUACGAGCGUGAAGUCAUCGGCACAACACUGGUGCAGCUCGCUUGUACGGAUAGCCGCAGUGAGUGUGGCCUGGGGAAUCUAAUCGCUGAUUCGCUGGUUCGCGCGCUGCUGGUGCCAUCUGACGGACAGUGGAGCCAGGUAUCUGCAGCAAUCAUCAAUACGGGCGGCAUUCGCUCUCGGUUGGAGCCGGGGAACAUCACGCUCUCCGACGUGCUCAACAUCCAGCCCUUCGGCAACACCAUCAGCCUGGUGACUCUCUCCGGAGAGACCUUGCGUCAGACGUUCGAGCACUCGGCACUUGGCGGAGGACGCUUUCUGCAGGUGGCAGGUUUUCGGGUCACCUACAACAUGGACUGCCCCGAGGGGAUGCGGUUGCUACACCUGGAGAUCGUCUGCACUGACUGUCUGGUACCCCGCCUAGAGCCAGUGCGUGCUGAAAGCACCUACCGAGUCGUCAUGUCGACUUUCCUCUCCGGGGGUGGGGAUGGCUAUAACGUCAUCAGUGACGAUAAGAUUGAUGAGUUGGAUACAGGUCUGCUGGACGUAGAUCUGAUGCGCGACCACAUCGAGCAGUUCUCCCCCGUCAUCUCCGGUAUCGAGAACCGGCUGGUGUUCGAGACGAACCUCACCUCCCGCUGUGGGGUCAGCCCGUUCCACUGUCACGGCUCUCUGUGCCACUACCACGGGCCUCUCAGCCAGUCCGACAAGGACGGGGGGCAUUGA